ACGAAACAAGAACAGAAAAAGUAAGCGAAAAAGACAAUCGCUCGGAGUUUCAGAGUUUUUCAUUACUUUAAAGUUAAAUUUAUUGCUGAAAUUGUAGGUAAUAGUGACUUUUAAGCUGUGAAUUCAGUAGAUAAUGAUGCAGUUCAUGCUCCUGUUCAGUCGCCAGGGCAAGCUACGGCUCCAGAAGUGGUACGUGGCCCACCCGGAUAAGGUAAAGAAAAAGAUCACUCGGGAGCUGAUCACAACGAUUCUUUCCCGGAAGCCAAAGAUGUGCUCCUUCCUUGAGUGGAAAGAUUGCAAGAUCGUUUACAAAAGAUAUGCCAGUUUAUACUUUUGCUGUGCAAUCGAGCAGAAUGAUAACGAAUUGCUCACGUUGGAGAUCAUCCACCGAUAUGUAGAGCUGCUUGAUAAAUACUUCGGAAGUGUCUGUGAACUGGAUAUCAUUUUCAACUUCGAGAAGGCCUACUUCAUCCUGGACGAGCUGCUGGUCGGCGGUGAGAUUCAAGAAACGUCCAAAAAGAACGUCCUCAAGGCGAUCGCUGCGCAGGACGUGCUCCAAGAGAUCGCCUAGGACAAUUUGCAAACGCAGGCUGACUUGAACUCCUUUGAGUUUCUUGAAUUCCUCCAUCGUCGAAUCCCAAAAACUCCUCAUCACUUGUAGAUUCUGUCCUUUUCCUUUUAACAUCCUUUCUGCACGAUACUGCCAUGUUUAUCCCUCUCUCAGUACGACCCUGGACCUUCAAUUGCCCUCGAUGGGCCCUCGCAACGACGUUUCCAAUUGCCACCUGGAAAACAGUAGGAGAACAUUGCUUGAUGAAGGUUGCCUUUAUCCAACGUGAGCAAUCUUGUGGGUUAUGGUUUUUGUACCAUAUUAAAUCUCCUGUUUUAAGUUUCAAUAUAGGGUCACUAGAGGGUUUAUUACUUAUCAAAACUUCACGAAAAAUAUUAUCUUUACUAGUAGAGUCCUCAAUCUUUGGUUUUUUUAACUUCUUUGGAUUUACUAAGUCUAAAAGGGUUCUAGGUGUAAACAUAAAUAGUUUUUCUGAUGGAAACUUUCCAUCUUUUGUUAAGCAGCUGUUUCUGUAGUAUGAUAAAAACAAAUUCAAUUGAUCCUCAGUUUUUAAAUUUCUUACGUCAACAUCGAACAAAAAUUUCUUGAAAACCUCCUUUACUACUCUAACUAACCUCUCCGCUUGUCCAUUGCUUGAUGGAUUAUAAGGUGGACUUUUCAUAAAUCUUAUGCCAUUUCUUUCUAAGAAGAAUUUGAAUUUAGAUGAAUUAAAAGGAGGCCCUCCGUCAGUAACUACCACUUGUGGUAAACCAAAACGUGUAAACAGGUUUACAAACUUUUCAAUAACCUUAUCUGCCUCAGUUCCGUUUCUCAUCCAAUCAACCUCGAUCCAUUUAGAAAAACUAUCCACAAUCAACAAAAAUGUUUUUUGUCCAAAAUGGAAAAAAUCUGCAUGUAUCCUCUCAAAAGGUUUGUCAGAAGGUAUCCAUUCAGUUUGGAUUUUAGAUUUGGGAAUCACUGACAUGCGUAUACAAGGUUCACACCUUUUGACAAAAGAUUCAAUAUCAUCAUUUAUGCCAUACCAGUAAACAGAUCUUCUUGCUAAUUGUUUCAUUUUGACCACACCAAAAUGACUGCCAUGCAACAGUUUUAAAACGUCUUUUUUCAUAGAACUGGGUAUAAUUACUCGAUCUCUAAAAAUUAAACACCCGUCGAAAAAUUCAAGAUCUUGACGGUUUGCAAAUACAUUUCUAAAGUCCUUGUCCACUCUUUCAGGCCAACCAUUUUGGUGAUAGGAAAUAAUUUUCAGUAGAAAACUAUCUUUAGACGUUUCUUUAGCAACUAGAGAAUGAUCUAUUGGGAGGUGCUGACUUAAAUUUACAUUUUUUACAAAUUCUUCAUCGUACUUUACAGGCACUUUUUGUGUUAAAGGGAAUCUUGAACAAAAAUCAGCGUUUCCCAUAUUUGUUGACGGUCUGUAAACAAUAUCAAAAUCAUAAAUUGAUAAUUCCAGAAUGUACCUUUGUAACCUUGUAACAUAAAUAGAAUGUUUCCCAUUCUUGCCAAAAAUUCCCACUAGCGGUUUAUGAUCGGUAUAUAAAAUGAAUUUUUGCCCAAAAAGAUAUUUGUGAAACUUCUUCACCGUACAUACAACUGCCAAAGCUUCCAAAUGCAAAAUUGGGUAAUUUCGUUGUGCUGAAUUUAGUGAAAAAGAAGUAAAACUUAUGGGUUUCUCUGUACCGUUGAUUUGAUGAGAAAUAACUCCUCCUAGACCAUAACUAGAAGCAUCAGUUGAUACAACUAUAGGUUUGCUAGGAUCGUAAAACUCUAAAAUGUUUGCUGAUAAUAAAGCUGAUUUACUGGCUUGAAAAACUUCCUCACAUUUAGUGUCCCAUUGAAAUUUAGUAUCUUUUUUUAAAAGUUGAUACAAACAAAAAAGUUUCGAUGAUAAAUUGGGUAAAAAUUUUCCAUAAAAAUUCAGUAAUCCUAAAUAAGCUUUUAAUUCACUGAUAUUUGUUGGUGUUUUUGCUUCGUUUAUGGUGGCUAUCUUGUCAGGACAAGGUCGCAACCCUUCCUCAGAUAUAAUAUGUCCUAAAUACUGUAAUUGUUUAACGAAGAAUUUGCAUUUAUUUAUAUUAACUCUUAUGUUUGCCUCUUGUAAUCGUUUCAAUACUUCACAUAGUCUUUCCUUGCAAUCUCCUAAAUCCUUACCAGCAAUCAAAACAUCAUCUAAAUAAACAAAAACAAAAUUUAGUCCUGUAAGAACCUUCUCCAUAACAGACUGAAAUAUGCCCGCACUAGAAGAAGUUCCUUGUGGAAGUCUGUUAUACUGAAAAAGUCCACGAAUUGUAUUUAUGACCAUGAAUUUCCUGGAUCGUUCAGACAGAGAAAGCUGUGUAUAAGCUCCUUCCAAAUCAAGUGCACAAAAAAUUUUACAGCCUGACAACUUCGCAAACAAAUCCUGUGCAAUUGGAAGAGGGUAGGUAUGAGGAACUAUCAACUUAUUUAUUGAAACCUUACAGUCUAUUACUAGUCGUAUUUCGUUAUUUUUUUUUCAUGACCACAACUACUGGCGAAGCCCAUUCACUGGUCUCAACUGGGGUAAUAACAUUUUCCUUUUCCAACAUAUUCAAAUGUUGUUCCACUUUUUCCCGUAAUCUGUACGGUACGUCAUAGGCUCGUUUGAAAAUAGGAACAUCUUCUUUCAAUUUUAAGUCUGCUUCAUAGCCAAAAAUAGGUUUUGAAAAAUUUCUUUCAAAUACCUUUGAAUAUUUAAGUUUAAGUUGUUCUACAACAUUUUUCCCAUCAAUAUGUGAAACAUUGUUAACCCUUGAAAACCCAGUGAACACAUCUCUCCAAGUAGGUUUAAAUUGGUCGAGCCAAUUACGUCCAAGUAAUGGCAGAAAUUCGUUAUCACUAUCUAGAAUAAUUAACUCCAAUGUUUUUUUCAUUCCAUUCCAGCAAACAUUAACCAUCGUUUUCCCGUAAAUAUUUAAGUUCGAUCCAUUAACCACUACCAAUUUCUUUUCACAAUAUUUCACCGGUAAUUUAAAAUAUUCAAAAAAUAAACGUUUUCCAAUAAUUGAAACAGAGGCCCCACAGUCAAUUUCCAUUUUAAGAUACACUCCCUCUACAAAAACUCCUGUGACACAUGGUGCACUGGAAGAAGAAUUAUUAAAAACCAUCAUACAAAAAAAAUCACCUGAGUCGUCAUCCGAUGAUUCGUCAGUCUGGGUAUUGAACCGUUGGAAUAAUUCCUCUAAACGUAAGUUCUGGCUUGUGCUAAUUUGAUCCUUAGGCUGCUCAAUAUCAGCAAACUUCACCGUUGGUUUGCGAUUAUCAUUUAUCCAUUUAAAACAUUUUUUUACAAUAUGCCCAACCUUGUUACAAUAGUAACAAACUACUGGUUGAUUUCCGUUGAAAUUACGCGAAUUGUAAAAUUGGUUGGCGUUUCGUGAAGCACUGUUGUUUCUUGAUUCUCUAGGUCUUCUCAUAUCGAAAUCUCUGUUAGCAUUGCGGAAAAAAUCAGCCCUUGAAAACCGAUUAUUCGAUCGGCUCCUGCUUCUAUUUCUAGUAACGUUAUUACCGUAGUCAAAAUUGCUAGAUUGAUCCUUGCGACCUAACCGCGUCUUCACUGAGCCAACUCCUUGUACCCCACUACCUGAGAUCAUUUGUGCCCUAGUUCCUGCCAAUUCCCAAUUGAUAAUCAUGCGUUCAGCACUAGCUAAAGUCAAAUUUUCCUCUGCUAACAUUUUUUGCUGUAAACUUUUGUCAAAAACACCCAUUAACAGUUUGUCCCUUAUGGCCGUGUCUUUGAACUCGCCAAAAGCACAAUACUCUGCCUGAAGCUUCACAGCUAGCACAAAGUUUUCCGCAGACUCAUCUUGCUGUUGUAUUCUGUUAUAAAACUUGUACCUCUGAAUUAAAUCAGAAUCGCUUUUAUCAAAACGACUCUUUAAUUUUUUUAUGAUGUCAUCAAAAGGUAUUCCAGAGAGAUCACUAGCCGGGUAUAGAAGCUUUAGCUCCUCAAAAACUGCCGGCCCCGAUAAAGUGAUGAAUAACGCUUUUUUUGAAUCAGUUGGAAUCUGAUUAUAUUGAAAUAUGAAACCCAAUCUUUCAACAUAAUUGCUGAAUGAUGUUCCGGGUACGUAUGGUUCAAUUGAACCCACUAUGUUACUUGCCAUAAUUUAAAACAACCUUCGAAAUAGUAUGCCGCGGAACACUUGAUUUUAUCACCUGUGCGUAGAUACUUAACGCAUGAAAAAAUUAGGCGCAACAGAGUCCACAAAUGUGUCGCACUAGCAUGCAAUGUCGCAAUAGAUCAAACUACCAGCGCUAGUAGCCAGUGAUAAGCGUGCUGAUAGUUGUCGUGUGCUGACAGUAGCCGCGUGCUGAUAGUACCCGUGUGCUGAUAGUAGCCAGCAAUCAGUGUGCCGACUGAUGUAUCAAAAAAAACGUGGAUGGGUUAACACAAAAGACUUGAUAAGCUUUGUUCUUAAUUCCUUACCGAACAAUGUUUCCUACAAUAAGAAUAGAAAAAAAAUUGUUAGAUAAGAUAUAAAACGAUACGUUUUUUUUUCUUUUUGUAUCUUUUCUAAAAUAAUCCACUUAAAAUCAUGCCUUUGCAUACAGCUUCCCACGAUUUUGGUUCAGCAUACAACUGCCCUUUGGCGCGCUUUAGGUAGGUAUAAUUGCUUCAGCCUGUUGUAUAGUUUCUUAAACCGCACAUGAGCACAUCCACAUUUAGUGAUUUCACUCAACAACCGAAUUCGACUCAACAACCUUAGUUGCACUUCCAAUAGUUAAAAAUUGAUUUAACUUUUUCUCGUCGCCACUGUAGAGUCCUUUCAAAGCAAUAAAACAACACAUCUAGUUUACUCUAGACCUCAGAUCAAACUGAUCUCACGAUCAGCGACAGAGCCUUCGUUUAUUUAACUACUCGAAAGCUCAUCAGGUUUGAGAGCACAGUAGCAUAGAUGCUAGAGUUACCAUAUAGUACAUUACACAUACCAAGCGUUAUAGUGGACCUAAGAAUCAGAAACUGCAUUUGAAGGUGUUGAGAACGAUCAAGGAAAACACAGGGUAGUCGGACUAUGACAUUGCCAAGAAAUUCAACGCCGACCGGUGCACCGUCAGCAGAAUUCGUCUACGCGAAGGAAUACGAUCCUAUCGGACCAGUAAGCAACCAAACCGGACAUUGAAGCAGAAUUUAGUAGCCAAAGGACGUGCCCGCAAGUUAUACAAGAAGAUUCCAACGAAGUUCGACGGAUGCAUCCUCAUGGAUGACGAAACGUACGUGAAGAUGGAUUUUGGGCAGCUUUCUGGCCAAAAAUUAUGUAAAGCCACUGCAGUGGUGCACUGCACUGGUCAUGGUGAUGUCCCCGGCAACUUCAAAUUCGUUUUUGCUGAUAAGUUUGCAAGAAAGUGUUUGAUCUGGCAAGGUAUUUGCAGCUGCGGACGAAAAAUUCCGGUUUUUGUGAAAAACAAGACCAUGGACUCCGAAAUUUACAAGGAGGAAUGCCUGAAAAACUUUUUCGUACAUUAGAUCUCACAAAGGACUAGUUAAGUUUUCGCCAGAUUUGGCAAGCUGCCACUACAGCUAGGAGGUUCUUCUGUGGUAUUGGGCCAACGGGUGUAUUUUGUCGAAAAGGACAUCAACCCACCCAACUGCCCUCAAUUCCGCUCUAUCGAAAAAUUUUGGGCAAUUGUCAAGCAGAAGAUGAAGAAGAAUGGUAGGACGACUCGGGAAGCAACAGAGAUGAAGAGAUUGUGGAACAAAAUGGCCGCUGAGGUCAGCGAAUAGGGUGUUCAAACUAUAGUGAGUGAUACUCAACCAAAAGUUCGAAAAUGCAUCAAAACAACAUCGGAAUAAUUUUUUUUAUUAUUUUUCCUUUAAAGUGCAAUAAAAACCCUACAUUUCAAGUACAAAACAUUUUUAUUUCGUUUAUAUAGCUCCGAGAUAGACCCGUUUUAAUGCGUCCAGAUUUGUAGUGAUCCAUGCUUUAUACCAGCAAGUACUCCUAGCGUGAUGAUAGCAUGCUGCGACCUUCUAGUAGCUUCUGAUUGGUCGUGUGGUCGUGGCCUACCACACUUUUUUGCCUCAUGGUCGCUUCUAGCCCUGUAAACAUAAAAUAGGACUUUCCUAUGGAAACAAUCGUCCAUAGUUCUAUAGAAAUCGCAUUUCUAGGUUCAUGCCUGAAAUAUUGUACCUCACGUAACUUUUGAUCCCAUCGAUAAAACUUUUCAAAAACCUUCAGACAUGAUAGCUUUACAUUUGGGCUUGUGAUAUAGCUCAGUUGGCAAGUCUGUUGUCUCCUGAGCCGAUGUCCGCGAGUUCGAGCCCAAGAGUAAACAUCGAAAACAGUUGUACCGGAUAAGUUUUUCAAUAACGAUCCGCCAACUGUAACGUUGAUAAGGUCGCGAAUGCCAUUAAGAUGGUAAAACGACUAUAAUCGAAACAAAAAAAAAUUGCUUUACAUUUCAACAAUCACUCUGCAAAAUUUCAACAAAAAAUGUAGCUUAGUUUCUGAGGUAUUGCAGCUCGAAUGAGAAAAGUCCAAAAAGUCCGAUUUUUGUAGAAUAACUGUAUCUCAGGCCACACAAACUCCAGAAAGCUCAAAUUUUGUGAUAUAAUAGUGUCAUAGUUGAUCUAUCUAACGCAGAAAAUUUGAUCAAAAAAUAUCAUCAGAGUAAAAAGUUAUGGAAGCUCAAAGUCGAAGUGACAGUGCGCGUGCUUCCAAUUUCUAUACAAUUAUGAAUGGUGCUGUACCUACACUGGAUUCUUUUUUUAAAACUUUUGUUGUGUACGUUAAAAAGUUCAAAACCACCGGGCAAAACUUAUCGCUCACAUCGAAUUAAUUGACCAACUUAGACUGUAAGUCGAUAAUAUCCAACCUGGUAGAAGUGGACCUUUCUGAAAUAAUUUGAGUGAAAUCGGGAAGCUCAAAGAUUUGUUGUGGAUAUUGUUUUCUGCUACGGUUGUUCCGGAACUUACGCAGAGUCUCCAGGUGGCCAUUCUGGUCCAUGCUUCUGUCAAGAAGCUACGUCCGAAUCAAUUGACCAUUCAAAAGUAGUUUGGAAAAAAGCGAGAAUGCCUGUUUUUGAUAUGUUCGAAAAUCAUCUCAUUUCGAGAAAAUCGUUUAAUAUAAAACACUGUUGUUGUAGGUUUAAAAUUAAUUUAAAAAUUGUUUAAAAUUGUUUAAAAUUUUCUAUUUAAAAAAUCUUUCAAGUUCAUUUUCAUCCCGAUAAACAAAACAAGGUAGGCUACUCCUACGAGUAAACAACUCGUUUGAAUGUAAACAAGUGAUAUCAUUGCUAUAAAGAACAGUAUGUACCGCAGUAUCGAUAUUCAGAAUUUAAAUAAACAUUUAAGAAACGUCGAUGGUGGACACAGACUUCCGACAAUAAAAUAAAAUUCAGUGCUGGUGCGAUAAUAACGGACGUUGUGCUGUGGCACGGUGUGCAGUUAAUCGAUGUUCAAAUUCUGGAGGCUUUGAUAAAAAACGAUUAAAUUUCUCUGAUUUCCGCGUGACCAAAAAUUGACGGUUGCGUGGUUAACAGUGUACGGCCGAAAUAUAAAUACUGACCAGCACAUGCUCAGAGCAUUUCAGUGCACAAAAUUAUAUAGACUGCAUGCCGGCCAUUCUUUUUAUUGCGGAGUUUAUAAAGCGAAGGCUGAUACCAGAAACUGUUCCCAGCCUUGACUUACCGGCUCCGGAUGAGUUCGAAACUUCAGAAAAUUCCGUGUGCGAUUUAUACAUUAUUCCCGAAAAUGGUUGAAUAAUUGAACUACAUUUUCCUGAAGUAAAUUGUCUCAAGCAUUGAAUACAAAUAACAUUUACUACGCAACCCAGCGUCUUUGGCGUAGUGCUUAAAGGUAAAGUCAUCUAUACACCAAGGUUCAUGAGAUCGAAUCCCGGUCAAGGCAUCCAUAGUAAACUUUCUGUGAUCUGGUGGUUUCAGCAUUUGUAAGAUACUAGCCAUCAUAACUUCAAAAGAUGUAUGCUAAAACAAUCUCUUCAAAGACACAUGAAGUUCCACUGAGAUUCUAUAUGUGUGUGUACGUAACUUUUUUUUAUCAGUUGAUCUCUCAGGUGGUAAAUCCUUUCUACGGAUUGCAUUCCAAGGCACGGCGAGCGACCGAGUCCCCCCAGUAUGCAACUCUGGGUCCAUGGGUGCAAUUGGACGACUCAUGAUACUAUGUACCCCUAAGCCAUAAAGUCCACCUGAGGCCUCUGGCCAUAAUUCCCAUCCGGACCUGCAUCGAAGGCUAUACCCGAGAUGCGAGACCAAGUCCGCGCUUAAGCGCUCAUCGGCUAACUCCAGUUCGAGUCAAAACUCCAGCAUAUAUACCCUGCCUCUUGCUACGGUUCAAGACUAAGGACCUCUCCUCUGACGACUCGAGAUCUUGGCUCCGCUUGGUUUGGCUCGAGGCCCUCUCCUCUUUGCCCGUCAGUGUGCCGAAUCGAGAGCAGCUUAUCCUGGACACGAGCCUGUCACAGCACACGUUCGGGGCUUUUACGAAAAACUACUCGGAUGAUUCCCGGCGAAGAAUUCAUCCUACACCACCGACUCAGGUGACUCACCCGCCGACGACGUGAAGUCACCCUACCCCAGAGUAUUUCGCGGCGUAAAUACUCUUCCCCCCUACGAGUUCGACUGCGAAGAAGGUAAAGUCUUAUCCCCGCAGCUUCCCUCGUAGGGAGCGCGAUUUACUCAGAUACUCCGCGGCGGUGGAGGUAUCCUUCACACGUUCGCGACGUACCUAACAGCUCGGCAUACGCAGAAGGUGAAGUCUUAUCUUUGUAUGCUUUAGUGCCAGGGUCGGACGCACACUACUCAGAUGCUCCCCGACGAAGGAGUCGAAGGAGUCCGGUCGCGGACUGGUGCUGUUUCCAACUCCUCUGCAGGGCAGUCAUGAUCCGGGUGAACCCAUCGCUGACCACGCGCCAAGUAUUGGCAUCCUCACACAUCCUCCGCACGAUGUUGUCGACUGUCGUGUCUGGUCCGCAGGCGGCAAGCAUGUUAGCCCCUACCCCUUCGAAUCUCGGACAGUUGAACACUACGUGCUCUGGUGUCACCGCAGGUUGGACAGGAUGGCGAGGCCACGUGUCCAAACCGAUGGUGGUACUGCAUGAAACAUCCGUGACCAGUCAAGAACUGUGUCAUGCAGGAAUCCAACUCUCCAUGUCUCCGGUCCAUCCAGGAUCCGAUGUUAGGGAUCAAGCGAUGGGUCCACCGGCCACGUUCCGGGCUGUCCCACUGGUGCUGCCAGUUGGACAACGAGGCCUCCCUGGCAUGUUUCCGCACGUCGGACAUGUGCCUGUGCUCGUAGCAGAAGAUAUCUUCCUCUAGCAAGACCGAGAUGGGCAUGACCCCCGCCAUAACAUCAGCAGCUACCGAGGACACUGUUCGGUAUGCGCUGAUUACUCGCAGGUUCAUCAGCCGCUGCACACUGCAGAGCUUUUGUAGGUUACACUGCCUGCUCAAGGCUGCCGCUCCGUACCGCUCCAUAACUACGGCAUGCAACGUGUACACCACCCACCUGUUGAGCGCGUAAAAUAAUGCUGUAUACACCGAGGCUCACUAGAUGGAUAGCAAUGACGUCAUCAGACAAAUGCCAUUAUCAGGAAUAUAUCACCUUGUGCUAUUGUACACCGCAAUUUUCAUCUUUUUUUAUACUUUCUUUGGGGCCGUGCACAUAUUACGGAACACAUUCAGGGCCGUUUAGAUACCACGUGGAAAAAAAAAUUAAGUUUAAAAAAUAUAGAAAUGGUCCACUUUCCUACUCUAUCUGUGGAAAUUCAACUUCGACGACCUUCCGGUUUCUAGUUUCUGGACACUUUUCGGAUACCAAGAUUACGUUUACCUACUAAUAACGACGAUUCCCAAUAUUUUUUUCAAGAAUUAUCACCAAAAUAAUCAUGAUAACAUAAUUCCCAUAUGUUUAAAAGCUUGAAAGAUUGGACUCCAAUUUUUUCUAGUAGAUGGAAAAAUUGAUCAAAAUUUGAACUGAUAGCGAUCAGAAUAAAUUGAACCUUUUUAAAUUUAGCCUGUGAAUGAAAAUAUAAAAAGGUCACUUUUUAAAUAGAUUCAUAACAAAAUAACGCUUUUGUAAAAACUGAGCCAUCUGUGGAUACACAAAUAAAGUCAGACCAAUAUUGCUCACUUUCCAUUUUCAUUAUCUGGACAACUCAAGCGCCCUCGCGUGUCAUGUUUAUAAAACUCGGAUAACUGUAGAACUGUCUGUCCCCGCCAGACGGAUCUGAACUGGAGCAUACCUCGUGUAUGCAAAUUGUAAGAGUGAGCAAUCUUGGUCUAACUAUAUUUGAUGAAAGGAUGAACAAAACAUUUUUUUUCCGCAAAAAAAGCAUGGCGCGUUCGUUUCAACAUUGAAACAUUUUGUAAGAUAAAGUGCAAAUCCAUCCAUCCGGGUGCAAUCUCUGCUUGGCGAUGCGGUGCAAUCCAACGCAAGUACCUUAGCACAUGACCUUACCUCUAGGGGGAAGUAAAACAUUAAAAACUUAAAAAAAAAUAACCUUUUUAAUCGACCGAUCCGCACCGACGCGACGCACUCUUGUGUAAAUUUCAGGUCCUAGAUGAGGAAGAUUAUUUUUGGAUUUACUAACACACUCACAUGCACUAGCUACUACUAUCGCGAGUACGGAUUUGCUCUCGUUGUUCGGCAGAAGCAUUGGUAGAGUCAGAUAGAGAGUGAAUGACGGUGAGAAAUGUGGUUGUGGAAAUGAGCGAGAAGGGGAAAGAUGUGAGAAACUCUCUGUGACCGAAUAAUCAUUACAACUAACACAACGAGAGGCAGUUUAGAGUGAUGUAAGUAAAGCCCGGUGAAUAACGUGGAAGGUAACAACUAGAUAGAUUGAUAACGUAAAUCCCGAUCCAACAAAACAAAAACUCAUUUUAUCGAUGGAUUAUACAAUCAAGUUAUUACAAAGCGGCAGAGUAUUUAUCGAGAGGGACUUAGGAAUUGUCUGAUCGAGUAUGAAUAUAUAAUGUUUUGUGCCUAUUGAAUCAUUCGAAGUCAUAAAUAGUACGUAAACUAGUUCUAAAGUUCGGAGUCCGUACUUAGUUUCUAUUGUAAUAAUGUUAAGAAUCCAAAUGCAUGCAAAGGCAUUUGAAAUAGUUUAAAAUAUUAUACUUCAUCUAGAGAGAUACAAAAAAAAGAACUUCACACCAAAUUAUAGCUUGUUUGUUUAAUAAAGUUUUGAAAUUGCUCGGCAGAACCAACCUUCUCUUUGAUCAUUUCUAUUGAUUUUCGUUCUGUUUUCUCCCGUUCACAAUCAUCAUCAGGCCAUUGUGGAUCAACGAAAACAAAACCGGUUCACUCUUUCUUCCUCGAUCGAGUUUAAGAAAUAAAUAACCAUCCGGCGCUGACACAAACACAUACAGCAUGUCAUUUUAUCGACACUUGAAUAGCUUUAUGGUUCAAUUAAACACACUUAUUAUUAGUUGUAAACAUGAAUACGUUUAUUGUUUUUUAUUUGUAAAUAGUUCAUAUUGAAGGCAAAGCAAACGCAUUUUUCACCUAUGUAAAUAUAUCAUAUUCGGUGUUGUAGUCUGAUUUGUGACUUUAGGUAUCUUUUUUCUAUUGUGGUUGGUUUACUUUUGAGCACAAAUACACUCACACUAGCAAAGCAAAGCAGACAACGAAUGUACAAUAUUCACACCUUUAUUGUUUAAGCGAGUUGACAGUUUGGUUACACUGCACCCGUUGUUAUUGUAUGUUGU